UUGUUUGUCAUCAUUUUCGUCCAAAAACUCACCGCAAAGUCACGAACAAGUGCAGUUUGUUUUCGCAGCUUAUUUCAGUGAAAAGUAUAGUAAAAAUGGCUCUAGCAGAACUUUGUGGAUUCUCUCAGGGAGGCCUGUUUCACGAUGCUUCCAUGGGAGGCGAUAUGUUUCAGCAGAACAUCGCACUGAACACGCAAAACCUACAGAACAACAUGUCGCUUGCUGUGCCUCCGUUUCAGGAUCCGGCAUUGAAUUUGGCGAAACUGCAAGCCGCUGGUGAAUCAAGCGGCAUUAAGAUGGAUUUCGAUCACGGUACCACCACGCUAGGUUUCCGAUUCCAGGGAGGAGUCAUUCUUGCUGUCGACUCCCGUGCCACCGGCGGUCAGUUCAUUGGUUCACAGACGAUGAAGAAGAUCGUUGAGAUUAACGACUAUCUGCUGGGGACGUUGGCUGGUGGUGCGGCCGAUUGCGUGUACUGGGACCGCGUGCUGGCCAAGGAGUGUCGCAUCUAUGAGCUGCGUAACAAGGAGCGAAUUUCGGUAGCAGCCGCCAGCAAAAUCAUGUCCAAUAUUGUCUAUUACUACAAAGGUAUGGGACUUAGCAUGGGCAUGAUGUUGGCCGGAUACGACAAACGGGGACCACAACUUUACUAUAUCGAUUCGGAAGGUACUCGAACUCCCGGAAAGGUGUUCUCGGUUGGUAGUGGUUCGAUCUACGCGUACGGUGUGCUCGACUCGGGCUAUCACUGGGAUUUGACCGAUGAAGAAGCACAAGACCUUGGCAGACGUGCGAUAUACCACGCCACACACCGUGAUGCCUAUUCGGGUGGUAUUGUGCGUGUGUACCACAUUAAGCCGUCUGGCUGGGUUAACAUCUCCAACCAGGAUUGCAUGGAUCUGCACUUCCAGUUUAAGGAAGAGAAGAAUAAGAAGUUUGGAGAAACAGCAUAAGUGUUUAGUUUUAAAAGACGGAAGGAUAAGUUUCCAAAUUGGGUGAAUAAAAUUGAUCGAAACAUAUUGCUCUUGUAA